AUGGCCAUGGCUCAGAUCCUCAAGCUGCACAUGGAGGGGCUACCAGCCCACGGGGUUCGGCCCUCUGGGCCUGAGCAGCUCAGCGGCAGAAGAGAAGAGCCGGUAGCCGUCUGUGCAGGGCAGGUGCGGGAGGAUGAGACACAGACCACAGGAUACCUCCUGCAGAGGAAAGACCACAGGCCGGCUGGAUGGAGACAGGUUAGACUCAAGUGGGACCUGAACGUCCGUGUCAAUGCGGAGCGCAGCCUGAGAGGCGUUCCCUGGGGCCGCCUUCGGGUCUCCCCAUCCUCCCAUGUGGAUGAGGGCACGACUGGCCCGGUUUUGGUGCCCGUCCACGGUGUGGCCUUGGUCUUGGAGGAGUGGUCCCUGGCGGUUGGGCCGCAGUACUCGUCCCUGGGCACACAGCCCACCCUCUGCGCCAGCAUCCCAGGCCUGGUCCCCAAGCAGCUGCGCUUCUGCAGGAACUACGUGGAGAUCAUGCCCAGCGUGGCAGAGGGCGUCAAGAUCAGCAUCCAGGAGUGCCAGCACCAGUUCCGUGGCCGCCGAUGGAACUGCACCACCGUCAACAACAGCCUGGCCAUCUUCGGUCCCGUGCUGGACAAAGCCACCCGGGAGUCCGCCUUCGUGCACGCCAUCGCCGCGGCCGGGGUGGCCUUCGCCGUGACGCGCGCGUGCGCCGAGGGCGCGGCCGCCAUCUGCGGCUGCAGCGGCCGCCAGCAGGGCUCGCCGGGCGAGGGCUGGAAGUGGGGCGGCUGCAGCGAGGACAUCGAGUUCGGCGGGAUGGUGUCCCGGGAGUUCGCGGACGCGCGGGAGAACCGGCCGGACGCCCGCUCCGCGAUGAACCGCCACAACAACGAGGCGGGGCGCCAGGCCAUCGCCAGCCACAUGCACCUUAAGUGCAAGUGCCACGGGCUGUCGGGCAGCUGCGAGGUGAAGACCUGCUGGUGGUCGCAGCCCGACUUCCGCGCCAUCGGCGACUUCCUCAAGGACAAGUACGACAGCGCCUCGGAGAUGGUGGUGGAGAAGCAUCGCGAGUCGCGCGGCUGGGUGGAGACGCUACGGCCGCGCUACACCUACUUCAAGGUGCCCACGGAGCGCGACCUGGUCUACUACGAGGCCUCGCCCAACUUCUGCGAGCCCAACCCCGAGACGGGCUCCUUCGGCACGCGCGACCGCACCUGCAACGUGAGCUCGCCCGGCAUCGACGGCUGUGACCUGCUGUGCUGCGGCCGCGGCCACAACGCGCGCACCGAGCGGCGCCGGGAGAAGUGCCGCUGCGUCUUCCACUGGUGCUGCUACGUGAGCUGCCAGGAGUGCGCGCGCGUCUACGACGUGCACACCUGCAAGUAGCGGGCGCGGCGGGGCGGGCGGGGUCCUCCUGGGGGCGGGCUCCUCCCUAGAUGGGGCUCCAGGGUCCUCCCUGGGCGGGGCUCCUCCCUAGAUGGGGCUCCGGGGUGGGGGCGGGGUCCUCCUGGGGGCGGGCUCCUCCCUAGAUGGGGCUCCGGGGUGGGGGCGGGGUCCUCCUGGGGGCGGGCUCCUCCCU